CAUGCCAGCUGAGGAACACCUGAGGGAUGAGAAGAAGGAAAGAAAGUCACUGGAGACGAGCAGAGGUGUCCCGCAGGCCAAUGCAGAGCCCCCUCCCCAGGUCCCCGUCCCUUCAUCGUGACACCCAGUGUCACCCCAUCACUGGCUCCCUAAACCACCAACUGUCCAUAAAGAAGUAAAGCCGGACGAGGAGACUCACAGCGGCGGCCAUGGCGCUCUGUGGUGUGGCGCUGCGUAGCUUAGCAACCGCAGGUAAACCCUGGCCUGGGGACGUGGUCGGCAGGAGGCGUGGCCUAGGACUGCCGCUCUCAAAUUUCCUUUGUCUCGGGAAGGCACUACAUGGCAUGACAGUCCAUUACAAGGGGGCGGGGCCUCUUUUGCCUUCAAGUUUCCCAAACACCCGAGCACUGGAGACCCUCGUUUAACCGACCACCUCCCUUCUGGGCCUGGACGCCGCUCCUUCAGGCCGAGUGCCAGCACGUGGGUACAAGGCGCUAUAUGCGUGCGCGUGGCCGCUCAGCGGAUAAGCGCGGCUUGCCCGCAAAUCCUCUGCGAUCCUCUGAGAUGAGCAGAUUUGCUGCGUUGCGUCAGCGGCCUCCAUCGUUACAGAGGACAGCCGUGUCGCAGCGGUGUCCCCACCCCACCCACCACCAACAGCCCUAGGCCUGUCACGGUCUCCGGAGUCGGGGUUCCCCCCCAGCCCAACGGUGGCUGGCCAGCCUCAGGUAGCCUAGCCCACCGGGCCGCCAUGGUGGAGCUCUUCCACGGCAAGGUGCUGAUCCGCAACAACAAGGACCGCGACGAGGUGGACACGGAGCGCGAGCUGAGCCUGCAGCUGCAGAACAAGGUGCUGCUGCUGUUCUUCGGGGCCGCCGACUGCCCCCAGUGCCAGGCAUUCGCCCCCAAGCUCAAGGACUUCUUCGUGCACCUGACGGACGAGUUCUACGUGGAGCGCGCGUCGCAGCUCGUGCUCGUUUACGUGUCGCGGGACCAGACGGAGGACAAGCAGGACAAGUUCCUGAGGGACAUGCCGAAGCGCUGGCUGGCGCUGCCCUUUGAGGACCACUUCAAGAGAGACCUGGAAGACAUGUUCAAGGUCACCGUGACUCCGACGGUGGUGGUCCUGAGGCCCGAUGGCUCAGUCAUCUCCCCGAAUGCAGUGGAUGAGAUCUGCGACCUCGGCGUCGCCUGCUUCAAGAACUGGCAGGAGGCGGCCGACCUGAUUGACCGCAGCUUCAUGUUGGCAGAGGACUUCGACGAGCUGCCCAUGCGCAGCGCCACCGAGCCCCUCCGCCGGCUCAGGUACAAGGUGGACAAGAAGAAGAAGAUGAACAGGGUGGAGGAAGAAGAAGAAGACGAGGAAGAAGAUGGCGAUGUGUGGGGCUAGAGAGCAACCGGGAGGGCGAGAGACUCCGAGACUCUGUUAGACACAGAAAUAUCAGAUAAAAAAAAAAAA